CAGGAGGUUACAUUGGUCUGGGGUCAGACAUGGCUGACCGUCGGGAGGCGGGUGAUCCACUUACUCUUUUAAAAUUUUUAUUUUAUGAACCAAACUAUAGAAGAUCGCAUGUUCUGACGUGGAAUACAGAGGGGAAGGAAGCCUGGAUGGCAUAUUCACAAUGGAGAUGAGGACAGGCAUAGCUAAGUGUGCAGAAAACACGCCAAACACGUCAGUGAAGCCUGCGAGAAAGGGCAGGGAGAGCUCUGUCACAAUGAGUGAGGGGCAGAAAUUCCAGGCGGAAGGUUAUGGUGACAUGGUCAUCAGUAAGCUGCAGGCAUUGCGCAGGAAUACGGAGUUGUGUGACUUCAAGGUUUCUGCUGAUGGGAGGGUCUUUGAGGUGCACAAAGCGUUGCUGGCUGCUACUAGUGAUUACUUUCGGGUCAUGUUUGGAGGGGUCAUGGCAGAGAGCAAACAGGACACAGUGGACCUGAAAGGGGUCACUGCUGAUGGGCUCCAGCACAUAAUUGAAUUCAUUUACAGUGGCGAAAUGGCCCUCACCUUGGACAAUCUCACAGAAAUCAUCAACACUGCUAGCCACCUACAAGUCAGUUUCGCACUUGAUGUAUGCUCCAACUACAUCAAGUCACUCAUGACAUUUGAUAAUGCUGAAGACUUCCUGCACAUUGCAGACACAUACUCUCUUGAUAAAGUUACUGCCCACUGGGAGUCAAUGAUUCAAGACAAGUUCUAUGAAUUCAGCCAGUCGCAAGCUUUUCUCAAAAUGGAUGGCGAAGCCCUUAGCAGACAUUUAUCCCAAAAUACUCUGCGGACGACAUCUGAAUAUCAACUGUUCAUGUGUUUGGACAAAUGGUUCCGGGCGGCCCCGCAGCGUAUAGCAUCAGAUGCCCCUCGAUGUUUGCGUCACAUACGCUUUGCUCUCAUGUCCGAAGCAGAGCUAGCUGUUGUAUGUGAGAAUGAUGCAGUCCAACGAUGUCCUGGAGGCAUUGGCCAACAGUUAGUUGCCAAAGGAUACCGUUAUCAUGCCGAUUGCAAAAAAGGCCAUCCAGUGAUAGAUGAGGCAUGUGAGGUGCGUGCGACAGGACCAUCUCUGAUUCUGGUGCACCAUGGAACUUCAUACAUGCCCUUCCAGGUGAUUGCAUACAAUCAUUCUGCUGCUCUCUUCUACUCUCUCUUCUCUGAUGUCAACGGUAGUCGUGAUUGUCGAGUUGCCUCCAUAGACAAUUUUGCUUAUGUCUGCCGGAUUGUCGACUUUGGAGGGGGAACACUCAUGUCUUCAUUGUUUAGAUUUGAUCCACGGCAUCUGGUUGGACAAGAACUACGACCUAUGAGACAUCUACGAUUGGAGUUUGCUCUUGUGUCUCAUGCAGGAAGACUUUAUGCCUUUGGAGGUUCCACAGAACAGUUUGCAAUCCUUGACUCUGUGGAGUCCUACAAUGUACAGACAAAUUUCUGGGAAGAGCUUCUGCCUUUGCCUACACCUACCCACUCCCUGGCGGGUUUGAGUGUUGGCAAUAAAAUCUACCUCUCUGGUGGAGUUUCCGGACAGGAUCGACAAACCACCAACACAUUUGUGUCAUUUGAUCCCACUGCCCAGACUUACCAAGCAUUGCCUGGCAUGCUGUAUGCUCGACGUCUGCAUGAUAUGGUGCAUGUUCGAGACAGGGUGUUCGUGUUGGGAGGCAUUCCAAAGCCAGGGGUGCCCUUGUAUGGCCAGAUCCCAAUAGAGUCUUUUGACCUGACGACUAGUCAGUGGACUAUGCUUUCCUCCACUCUGAGUGGCCGUUCCAUUGGCCACUACUCUAAUUUUGAGGGACAGAUAUUGGCACUUGGCCAUGAGCACCACACGGCCACCGAAGAUGAGAUAUGGACGUUUGACCCUGAGCUUGAUGACUGGUGCAAAUAUGCCAAGGCCCCGCAACGCACAAGCUUAAACUCUGCAAUGUGCAUCCAGCUGUUUGUGAACUUUAAUGAUGACAAAAUUUCCAAGAAAUUUCUACGAGAGAAGUGACAAAGAGACCUGUCACUCAUGAUCAGCUAGAAUGUUGAUUUAUACGCAGAAAUAAAGGGAUAAAUGUUAUGUGAUUAAGACCAAAGGUACUGGCCUUAAAGGAAAGUGUCAUUGAAAGAAUCAUGAAUAUGAAACUGGAAUAAGGUCUGUAUGCUUUUCUCAAAUUGGAACAGGCUACAUUUGGACAUUUGUGCAUUGGAGGAAACUGUUGGAUUUAGAUGGACUUGCAGUCUAACAUUGUCUGGUUGAACUAUCUAUGAGCCAUGUGUGGCUACACUUAUUGUGAAGAAAGUGAUGAUGGCUAGAUUGUUUUAGAACUGAACCAACUAUUGUUGGAUUGUUUGAAAAUAAUGUUGUCUGUUGUUGUACUGUUUGGAAAAAAAAAGAGUAUAAAGGGAGCAAAUAGCUGCAUUUUAUCACCAUUCUUUGUUGACUUCAAGCUGUUAAAUUAUCGUUCCUGAAUUAACCAUCCAUUUUUCUUUUCUAAAUCUCAGAGCAUUUUCUAUUUUCUAUAUUCAUUUAUGAUGAAUUUUUUCCCCCCAUCUUUGCCUCACCUUUCUCUCUGCUUUUGUGUUGGAAAGGACAGUCAGCUGAUCAUUGGUUCUCAAUGCUGUUACCUCAAGCCCAAGCUAUGCAUGUUGUUUGGCUCAGAUUUUCAACUUAAAAUCAGUUGACUUAUCAGUCAGGCAACAGUGCCACACACCUGAUGGCAGUUGGCAUAUCAAAGAGACAGGAAGUUUGAUAGUGUGGCUUAGUUAUCGUUUGUCGAAAUAAUUCAGAACUUUUAUGAAUAUGGUUUUAUAAUGAUGAUAGUUGCAUGUAGGAAUAAUUGUCCAUGCUCAAAGUAUUUGCUAAUUAGCUAUUUAACUAUCAUUCCUUUCUGUUAAGACUAAAAUGCAGGACUAGAAAGCCUUAUUUUUAGAAUGAACAGGUCGAUGAGAUGUUUUUUAAGUAUAAGAUGAUUCCAUUUGUUCACAGUGCAUAGAACUGACUUCUUUUAAAAAUGUUGGAGCCGUGUACUGCAUAUGUAGUUUUUAUUCUCAAAUAAAAAAACAAAAGCAAGAGUAUAAACUUUAGGGUGCAUUCUACCUCACCACCCAUGUUUUAAUGGGCUUGUAAUUUUUAUAUUUGUUUGUGGCUUGGCAGUGUUGUAUUAUAGUUGUCUUCAUACUUAAAGCUCUGUUGAUGUUCCAACACAUUAGCACACUAUUCACUUGGUCACCAUUUUCACAGCCCACAGUCUUGUGGCACACUCUACCUCAGCUCUGUAUGGAUCCAGUGUUUGGUGUGAGGGUCAGUAUUGCUAUAUAUCAUUUCCAUGUACAUUUCAACAAAGAUGUGUAACCCAGUCAUUUAGGUUCCCGCUAACCAGAUAUACUUCGGCCAUGUAAGUGAGCUUGUUCAGAUUUGUGGCAUAAAUUUACUGUGACUCAAGUUUCACAAAAACAAUGUCUUUUCUACGUUCAGGUUCUACACUGUUGAACACUUAAGAAACUAGACCCAUCUGCGUUCAUGCUGUCAGUUCUAGCAUGUUCAAAAGUGAGUAUGCAAUUGUGCAAGCUCAAUGGAUUAUUAUGACCCACAAAGAAUUCAAAGAAAUAUUGUCCCCUGUCUCUUUGAUGCCUGGUCUGCCAUAGGUUAAGCCUUACAUUGCCAGAAGCUUUUCUUUUGAAAUGUUAAGCAUGGAGAGAUAUAUGUCUUGAAAAUGCAAGAACACCUGGUUAUUUCAUGUAGAUUUGUUAAAGAUACCUCUGGAACAAAAAAAUGUUUAACGAACAACCUAAAUAGAAGUGUAUUUUUUACAAGAAAAUUGCAUUAUUGUGAUAUGUUUUACUUGAAAUGCAUACAGGUAAAAUUUCACUUUGCAUUAAAAAUGAUUUAAGUGCAUGGCCUCAGGAUGGUGAACUGGAGUUUAUAAAAACUUGCAAAAAACCCAUGCAAACCACAUGAUGUAGUGUUUGAGCUGUGUAUAUAUAUCAUGUUUACCAUGUGUGAAAGAUGUCUGUCAUUCGAUCAUAGCAUUUAGCGUAUCAUAGCAAAAGUGCUGUAUGCUUUUUGAGGUACCUCUGAUGACUUCUAAAUCGGGUUGUUCAGGUGUCAGUACAAAAUGUUUUUAUCAGUAUAUGUAUUACAGAUAUGCUUUAUAUCUGGUAGGCCACAAUUUUCCUGAGACCUCAUAAGAGAAGAAAAAUGAAUGGAACCAGUUACCUCUUUCAUUGUUUGCUAUGGUGAAAUGAUAGUUGUGUGAACACAAGAUUCUUGCAUGACAUACCUCUUAUUAGUUCAUGAAUAGCGAGUUGUAUAUGCUUAUCUUGUCCACAGUAACAUUACUGUUUUUAGAUGCAUGGCUAGUAAAGUUGCUUCAUGGACACUGGCACCACACAGACUGCCAGCACCCACACUAGUGACAGAAGUUAAUGGUGGUCCUUUUUUCCAAACCUUGCUUAAUGUUUCUGCCCAAAAUAUUUCACUGUCUUACACAUUGUUAAUGUGCUUUGUCAGUCAAAUUGUGAAAUGGUAGUCUGUGUUUACGGAGUGAUAUUCAUGUUAUUCAUUAUGGAUGCAACCUCUUUUAAUGAAUUUGUUCUUUUUGUGGUAAAGUGUAGGUAUUGCAAAUUUUGGAAAAUGAGCUGUUGAAAAAGCAAAUGACUUUCAAAAGAGAUAAAUAUGAUCACAUGAUAAAUUCCAUACUGUGUUACUAGGCCACCAGCUCUUCCUCUCUGUCACCGAGCUCUGAAAUAAAUGGUUGAUCUAACA